UGCUAUUGUUUCGAUUCCGUUGCAGAGGAACCCGGUGACCUACUAUCGUGAUUCGGCCAACGAUACCGAUGAAGACGAGAUGCCCAUGGCUGAACUGGGGAGUAUCCACGCAGACGACGAAGGAACUUCCGAAGAUGAAAUCGAGAUACCGAUCUGGAUCCGGGGUGAACCACGAUUUGUAGCAGGAAUCAACGAUACUACGACGUGUAACAACAUCAUCCAGGCGUUGAUCGACGAUGAGCUGCAGAACGGGAAUUACAAGCAUGAUGUUGCAGUGUCACGUGAUGUCAGCGAUUAUGUGAUAACGGAACGCUGGCGCGAGGUAGAACAGGUCCUGGCCGGUGACACACGAGUACUUUCGAUUUGGAACGCAUGGGGCGACGCCAAGAAUGAGGUUCAAUUUCGCCUGAAAAUCAAUAAAACCAACAUGGAAGGCGCCAAAUCGAGCAAGGAUACCAAAUCUAAAAAGCAGAAAGAAAAAAUUGGACUCAUAAAUCGUAUGAUGAGAAAGGUUCUCAAACAGGGUGAAGCUAUUCAGAACCACCUCUCGAUGAUGAGCCAAAAAUCAACCGAAAAGCGUAACCAGGAAAAGUUUCGCAAAUAUGUCAAAAAGCAUUGCGGCAAAACAGCCAUCAUGGAAAACUUCCUGGAAGAUGCCACCACAUUGUACGACAUUGUCAAUCCCAGUGACGAAAGUACCGAGCAGUGCAAAUGCAGUGACAAAGCUAGGCGUAGUACAUUUCCAAGCAAACUUUUUGCAACCAAGAAAUACAAAGAAACCAAGGUCCUGAAGCCUAAACUUUACGAAUCAUCAGAUCAAAUCGAAGCUCUGAAGAACGAAGACGAGCUUCUGUUGGUGAUCGAACACACUUCCGAUAGUGACAGUGGGAUAUUUACCAAUAAUCAGUUGGGACGCAAGAAUACCCUGCCAAAGAAGCCCAACUUUGGAUCCAUGAUUGAGAUAGACAAACUUGCCAAAGAACCGACAUACGAACCGGCACCGGAGAAUAAUACUCCGAAACGAAAACAUCGCCCAAAGAGGCGCUAUGGAUCACUACGAAACAGAGAGGUCAACCGACGAAAGCUGGACUACGACAGCGAUGACGUUACGCCACCCAUAGAUGACUUCGAAAACAUUAAUCUCGAGUUGCGCAAAGGAACCUUCAACCGGACCUCAUUCCGGUUCGAUCUCAUCCGCCAGGAAAUCUCCACCAAAAUGGAAGAGAUGCAGCAACUGUUGACCCAAGAAGAUGACCUUCUCCGCCGUCUGAAGCUGAAGAGUGCCAAAUUCCAGGCGGAAAACCAAAUCUAUCGGUCGCACAUUGGGCUUGACUUUCACGUCGAACGCUUGCAGGAAUCAAUCGACACGUGCGCCAAAGAAAUAAUCGAAAUCGAACAGGAGUUGUUGCACACAAAAGCCGAAAUAGAGGAAAAAUCUCCCCUCAUCGAUAAUCUGAAAGCAUUGCUGGAAGCACAGGAGGCGAAACAGUUCCGUGGGUUCUAUUCGUCCUACUCACCGUCGGGUUCCACUGCAGACAGCCUGAACGAAACGUCCUCGUCGAAUGCUCUAGGGGCGAUGGCUCUGCCCAGAACGGGAGCCUCUUCCAAAGCCAGUUUAUCUUCCGAACGUAAUGCUAAGGAAACGCAGUUUGUUGACAAUAUAUACGAAUUUUGUGAUAAUAAUCGGAGUUUUGUAGUCUAGGCCAAAUAACCAGAUGGAGCUUAGCAGUGCGGUUUUAGAAAGAGUAGUUAUACAGAUAAGUUUGCAACGCCGAAUACAAAAUGCUCAAAACUGUUUACGUAUAUUUAAAAGCAUAUAUUUUUAACUGUUGUUCGAUAUAUUUUUAUUACGCAUACUCAAUAAAUUGUUUACUCGCAUUAUACAACA